AUGUUUAUUUGUGUAUCGCAUUUCGAUGAACUAAUAACGUCAUUCGAUCCGAAGAAGAAUAAAAAAUGUUAUACGUGUGUAUCAACUGCUCACAAUUCUUCGGAUCCGUCUGCUUCAGCAGUACCACAUACAAAAAUUAAAGAUCCUACGAAAAUUAAAGCGAGUAAGAGUGGACUUCGUAGAAUUGACUUACGCCUUGCACUAUUAAUUUAUGCGGAUUAUCCCCAAGUACACAGUUCCUAUGGCGAGUGGAUUUGUAGAGAGUGUGCCAAACGAGGGAAAGGAAUGGUACCAUUCAUUGAUGAAUCUAGUGAAAGUAAGAAGGAUGAUGAGUACCGACCGGAGCCGGAUUUGCCGAUAUUAAGACCAGACGAAGAAGACGAAGGCGUUGAUCGUAGUCGAUAUAAAGAGCAGAAAACUGCUCUGUUAAUAUUUCUACAACUAUCUAGCAAUGAUAGCGAAAUUUGGUCUACACUGAACUAUAAUAAUUUAACCAAAAAAUCGAAAAAUACAUUUCUGUCUACUGCUCGAUCGGUUAUUAAAACCGUACUUUUAUUUCUUGCUCCUAAUGAUAUUACUGAUGUGAAACGUGAUCUGUUCGAUACAAAAAACGAUUCGAAAUCCUGUUUGAUAGAUGAGAAAUUCCUGGCAGUAAUGGAUGGUAUAAGCGAGGCAUAUAAAAACUCAGAGAAGUGGAUCACACGCAGAGAGAUUUUAUCGAUUGUCGCACCGAAAAUAAGCUAUAAACUUAUACAAUUGUUUUUACCUGGAUUAACUCUAUAUCACAGUUUACAAAGAAUGAACUAUUUUGCAGCUAACGCUAGUCUGGCAUUUGAUAAUCUUAUUGAUAUGGUGAAUGAUCUGUAA